AUGUUACCGGAAAUCUCACCCUGACUCCGCAAUACUAGUAACUAUUAGGCUGUGUCUACCCAAGCCUUGAGCGACUCCCACAGAUUACCAGAUGUAUUCUAUCAUUCGCCGUAUACUUUCAAAAUCUCGCCCGCGAGCAAUGACACUGCAGACCAUCGUCGCGCAGGGGAAUUUCCCGGGUCUUUCGGACACCAGGGCAGUCGAUCUGUUUUGGACAGCAUUUCGACCAGAGCUUAAGCGCUUGAUAAAUGCGGAAUCGACAGUGGAAUCAGGGACUGCGAAACCUGCCGGAAGUUUGGAUAAUGGGGAAACGCCAUCGCGACACCUUUUCCAGACAGACUAUGCAGAAGUCAACCGGACGCUGGUGAAUAUGUUGGCGCUAAAAUGGGUUCUGGCGGGGGAUUACGACUCGUUCACAGCAUGCCAGCGCGACCAAGGAAAACUCAGCAAGCAGUCAUUCCACUGUCUAUGCAAGCUCUUCAAUGGCUAUAGGGAUAUUUACACGCUGCUAGUUGCAAUCGUGACAGAUGAUCUGGGGAAGGAUCCACAGCUUGCCAAAGAUCUUGCAGAGACAAGAAACCGCGACCCCACCGAGCAUAUCAAGAUGGAAAAUCAUUCAAAGGUUGUCUAUGAAGCAGCCAAAGCGGGAAUGAUUCCCGCUAUAGAAAGUGUUUCAGCUUAUGGGCGAGAAACCAUUCUCUGCAGCAUGGAAAUCGAAGGACAGCUCAAUAUAGCCCAAUUGGUACAGGGUGAGAACGUGCCGGCGAGUCUAUCGAUUCUUCGCAAUAUUCAAGAUGGUAGAAGUGGGUUUCACAUGAGAGCCAUAAUGACAAUACUAGAUAUUGCUGGCGCUGCGGCCCACAGGGAUGCCCGAGGCUGUCUGGUGAUGACGGAAAGUGUUUACCAAGGAUACAUGUCAGCAAUCGAGGCUCUGAAGAAACUUUCUCUAGGGAAGAUAUCAAGUGAGCGUGCAUGCUACGAUCAAGUUCUUACCGACCGGGCCAGAAGCCUGCAUUCAGAUGGAUAUGAGCUUUUGUCGACAGACAAUGCAGAGGAACGGGCACUUCUUCGCCUUUUUUGUAUGGGUCGUGUCGACAACAAACAAUCAGCAGAUCUUUUUAGAAUCGCUUUUACAACACUAUCGGUGGCUGAGAAGGGCAAUCUAGUUAAUGGACUAAAUGUGGACGGCUUAAAUGAUGGCACUGCUAUUUUGCCGUAUUAUGCCCCCGGGCUGACAGCUGAAGUUCUUCGAAGUGUUCAGGACAAGGGAGACCCUGCCGUGAUCAAAGCACUGUCAGCUUUCAUGCGGUUUAUGGCAAGAGUUAUGAUAACCAAGUCAGGGCCUAGUAGCUCCGGAGUUAUUGAACGAAACUUGUUGUUUGUCCAGGAUGUCAUAAAGAGCAACAACUUCAAAAAUGACCCAUAUGUCCUCGACGGGGUCCAGAUCCCGUGGAGUUAGUAAUUAUGAUUGAUGGAAUCUAUGAAUAUUUGAUGGUUAUGGGAUGAUGAUAGCAUUCUCUUUGUUGCAAUACAAGAAAACUCUCCGCGUCAGCCAUUUAAUUAAUGCAUGAACAAGUGCCUAGACAGACAAACAACUGGGACUGCGAGCAGUCGUUGGCAGCUGACUUGCCUCUGCCAUUAGUUGGUCUUUUUUUCCCACCGCGUUCCAGCAAUAGUUUUGAUCAUUCACGUUCUUCUGGGCAAGCCUCA